AUGAGAGUUUUUCUCAACAGAAUAAGCUUCAGGGUUCCACUCCUCCCUAAUUUCCCUCACAGCCAGAGACAGAGGCAGAGGCAGAGGCAGAGGCAGCAGCAAUUCUACCACCAGCAAAGACACCAUCUGUACAGUGGCUAUGGAGACAAAAAGGAGGAGGAGGAGGAGGCGGUGGUGGUGAUUAUGGGUGCCACUGGCACGGGUAAGUCGAAGUUGUCCAUUGAUCUCUCCUCUGCCUUCGCCGGGGAGGUGGUGAAUUCCGACAAGAUCCAGGUGUACCGUGGCCUCGACAUCACCACCAAUAAGAUCUCCUUGGCCGAGCGGCGCAGCGUGCCGCACCAUUUGCUCGGGGCGCUCGAUCCAGCAGCAGGUGAGCUUCCCCGUGCGCGGUUCCGGGCUUUGGCUGCCUGCGCUAUUCGUGAUAUCGCUGCGCGAGACCGACUGCCGGUGAUCGCAGGUGGCUCCAACUCCUUCGUCCAUGCGUUGCUGUCGGAGCGUUUUGACCCACAGGGCGACCCAUUCGUCGAUGAGGAUGCUGGGGAGGAGGAAGAGAAGGGGCGGCGGCGGCGGCGGCUGCUCCGGUACAGGUGCUGCUUCUUGUGGGUGCAUGUGGAGGCCGCCGUACUGGCGGAGUACCUGGACCGGAGGGUGGAGGAGAUGCUGGGGCAGGGGAUGGUGGAAGAGCUAGAGGAGUAUUUCGCGACGGAGGGGGAGGAGGCGGAGCGGAGGCACCCCGGACUGGGAAAGGCCAUUGGGGUGUCCGAGUUCAAGCGCUACUUCACGGCGCGGGGCUCACGGACGAACUCCGAGUAUGACAGCGCGGUGGCGGCGAUCAAGGCUAACACCCGGCGUCUGGCGGAGUCGCAGGUGAGGAAGAUGGAGCGGCUGGUGGCGAUCGGGUGGCCGCUGCGGCGGGUGGACGCGACUGCAACGGUGGAGGCGCGACUCGGCGCCGGUCUCGGAGCCAGUACUACGGCGAGCUGCUGGAAGAGGGACGUGGAGGGGCCCAGCCUCGUGGCCGUAGAACAAUUGCUUCUGAGGAAGGACGGCGAUGUUUAUGAUCACCGUCCACACACGCGCAUGUGCGCCGCAAUCCGCCUCCAUUAA